GCAUGUUACACUACCGCUACGCCAAUGCCAACCCCAGAGUUUUUGGAUUUGAGUUGGUGGUGGAAGACUUCCCACGACGACCAAUCACACUGGCCUACACAGACGGAUCCCGCUCCUCCAGAUCUCCACUGGCUGCGAGGAGAAAGAGACGAGCCGCCACCCGAAGACCACCAACUACCGCACCACCUCCCUGGUGGUGGCAAACUGCAAUCCCAGCUACAACCGCCCCUCCGCCCGCUGCGACCACAGGAGUCCCGUACCCCAACACUCCUCCCCUCAGCAAACUACCUUUGCAGUUCUCUUUGCUUGUGGACCCACCUGCUCCCUCAUGUCAGGAGGGAGAGUACCUGCCAAGGUUUGUGAAUCCAACACCCCAAAACGGAGAACGCAUCCAUGCAGAGGUCAACAAAGAGGUGGAGAUCAGAGUGAAAGCACAAGCUCAAUACUCAACAUUACAUGAUAUCAUCAUUAGUGGGCCAAUGAACAUCAGCAAGCACAGAACCACACAUGAAGAGUUUGUCAUUAGGUGGACGCCUAUUCCAGAGGACUUGGGAGAUCAUUAUGCGAUCUGCUUUGCUGUUGAAUCAUUCACAGGGUCUGCUGUAACCGCCAGUCAAAGCUCAGUCACUGGCCAUCACCAUCACCAUCCCACCCCGACUUCACAGUCCGGCAUCUAUCAGUCUGAGAUGAGGUGCGUUCUGGUGGACGUUAAGAAGGAGGAAGUUGAAGCCAACGUGAUCUGCAGUGAGUCCACAAUGACAGUAGAGGUUGACAAAUCUUCACUCUCUGGUCUCUAUGAGGAUCAUCUGCAGCUCAGUGAUCCCACCAACACCGCCUGCAGCCUCCAACGCCACUCAAACAGCACACACGUCAUCGCCGUCAUCCCCCUCAACGCCUGCGGCACUCAGCUCGAGGAGGAUGAGGACUACCUCAUUUUCAAGAAUGAAAUCACCACGGUUGACAACCACAGAGACCUGAUCACCAGGAAACACCUGCUGGAAGUGGAGUUCUACUGCCAGUACCCCAAACGGGGAAAUGUGACACUGGGUUUCACUGCACACAGGAAGAAUGUCACAGUGUGGGAGAAAGGCUUCGGCACAUUCACCUACCAGUUUGAGUUCUACCAAACCAAUCAAUUCCAAACCAUGAUCGAUCCAAAUUCAUACCCUCUGGAGUAUGACGUAGGGAGCAGGGUCUACAUGGAGAUCGACGCCUCCUCUUCAGUCAACGGCACUGAGAUGUUCGUGGAGUCCUGCAGGGCAGCACCGUAUGAUACCCCCAACUACUGGCCAACCUACCCCAUCAUUGAAAAUGGGUGUAAAGUGGACGAGUCUGUUGAAAUCCAUUCCACCGACCAUGAGAAACAAUUCAGAUUCAGCAUGGAGGCCUUCAAGUUCAUCGGAUUGCAUGACCAGGUGUACAUCAGCUGCUCAGUCCUGAUGUGUGAAGCCGGGAACCCCAACACCAGAUGCUCACGGGGAUGCGACAACUCCACACAGUCGGGUGGUCACCAUCAUCAUCGCAAGAGAGAGGCCGUCAUCCAGAGUGCAAGCCACUUUGUUUCCCAGGGUCCACUGCGCCUAAGGAGAUCAGCAGAGAGCACUGAAAACACAGUGACCCACCUGAACCUGAACCUGAACCUGGUAUUCAUCGCUGGAUGUCUUCUAGCAGCUGUUGGCAUGAUCAGUGCAGUGGUCAUGUACAAAGCCAAAAUGUCAAAGGUCAAAUACCAACCUUUGCCCGAAUUUGAAAGCUAGGACAGCAGUAUGUGUAGAAUACCAAUUCUAUAUUCAUUAUGUUUGAAACUAUAAAGCAAUUUUGAUCAUUUCUGCUAUCAAAUAUUGGGUGUUUGGAAAUAACGGGUGAUUUAUGUGCACAUGUAAAUGAAUCAAUUUUAUACUGAAGGAUAGGUUCACAUUUUCUCAAAUCUUAAAACAAUACUUACUUGUUCAUUUGUACAUUAAAACAGUGUUUUGCCACUGCCAUUGCUCCCCUUGUUCACUCUGAGGUGAUCUGAGGAUAGACACUAUUCAGUCCUCAUUCUGUAUAAAAAUUACUUCGUAAAGGAAAAUUCAGGUUUAUUUCAACCUGGUAUAUUUCCUAUAAAUGUGGCAGUUGUGGCUCUAUGUGUCAUGCUAAAUUAGCUCUCUCCAGCUCUGUUACUGAGAUUCAGGUGAACGAAGCCUCAUAUAUCAUGGCGGUUAUCGGGGCAACGUCUGUCAGCUUCCUACUGCUUUGAAAUAUGAUUUUUACAUGAAUCUUUUCAAACAUUUGUUUCUGAAUCUGAACGAAAGCUAACACAGAAACUACGGAUGUGCAGAGAGCCCAGUAUUUG